UCGCUUUUGUUGGUUGUCGCUGUCGGUUGUUGAGACGAAUUUAUUUCGUUCCACUAACGACUGUGAAAAAUACUGUUUUAGUGCAAACUAUGGCAGGAUUUACGGAAAACGCGUUAGUUCGUAAAUUGCAGGAUUUAAAUUCAAGUCAACAAAGUAUUCAAACUUUAUCAUUAUGGUUAAUUCAUCACAGAAAACACCAUGCCGCUGUAGUGAAAACUUGGUACAAGGAGUUGCUAAAAGCUAAGGAUACAAAACAACUCACGUUUAUGUACUUAGCUAAUGACGUCAUACAAAAUAGUAAAAAGAAAGGUCCAGAAUAUGGAAAAGAAUUUGGCGAAGUGCUAGUAGAUGCUUUUAAACAUAUGGCUCACACUGGGAUAAAUGCAAAAACUAAGACAUCUAUACAUAGGAUACUGACUAUAUGGCAGGAGCGUGGAGUUUACGAUGCUCAAAAGAUACAGGAUUUCAAGGAAGCAGUGGAUCCUAAUGAUGCAAUUCCAAAAAUGAAUAAGCGUAAAUCUGCAGACACUGAAUCAAAAGAUUCUGAAAAGAAGAAGCCUAAAUUAGACAAAGAACGGCAUGAGAGGCGCCGCAGUGAGACCAAAGUAGAAGUGGAUGGACACAUUGAAACUCACACAACCCUCAGCCCGAAGACUCCUCCCGGGGACCCUCCAGAACCUGAGGAAUUAAUUAAGGCUCUCCUAGAACUUGAAUCGAGUGCGUCCAGCGACGAAGCAGUGCGGGAACGGAUCGCCUCGCUACCGCCGGAAGUUUCUGAAGUGCAAUUAUUGUCUAAGUUAGAAGAUAAGGAAUCUGCGCUAAGUCUCAGUGCUGUGGUGAAUUCCGCCGUAGAACUUCUCGCCGAGUACAACCUGAGGCUUUCCGAUGAGCUGGAGAAGAGACGGAAGGUGGCGGCCAUGCUGCGAGACUUCGCGCAAGCGCAACGGGACCUUGCCAAACAAGCGGAGGCUAGACUAGAGGAAUAUAAUAUAAAGUUACAAAAGAUUUAUGCAGUGAAAUCGGAAGUAAAAUCGCACAUAGACAAUUUGCCGGAUGUGUCGCGACUGCCAGACGUCACUGGAGGCCUAGCGCCGCUGCCGUCUGCCGGUGACCUCUUUAGUGUCUGAAACGAAAUAUUGGUAUUUCACAGCGUUUUUUACAGAGUUGCUAGUGCGAAUCGUACAAAGAUUUAUAUUAAGACUGUGUUUGCGUCUAUAAUUUGUAGUGAAAACGAUAACAGUGCCUCUAGCGGAUGGUUUCGGAAACUCCGAUUUCCAUACAAACUUGUCGAUGUAAACGUAAACGCAUCGUGAUGUAAAUUUUUGUACAAUUCACUCGGUAGAUAUAGGUUACAUUCAAAGUUAUCUGCAAUAUUAAAAAUGCAUCCGUUGUAUAAUUUAUUGUACAUUAGGACAAAAUUUAUAUGACGCGAAAACUUUAUAUUCCAUAAUUCUGGUAGAAUCAUGAAAAAAAUAUUAAUCGAAUAUACUUGUAUUUUUUUUUUAUUUAAAUUUAAGUAAUUACGUUUACUGGAGUAAAAGAAUCUUGUUCUUAAUAAAAUCACUAUACACUCAAUUAAACAUAAAAGUAUUGUAUUAAAGUCAUAAAGAAAUGGAAUAAAAAGUUGUUACUCCGCUGUAUAAUCUCAAAAGGCGGGUAGUGAGCGUUAUUU